AUGAAGCCGUUGACCCCCAUUGGAUCCCCGUCUCCCCUGCGGCUCCUUAACAAGGGUCCGGACUAUCUGCGCCGGCAGAUCGACGGAGGGAGCCACGGUCGAGCAAUUAGCGCCGUGGAAAGGCUGGAGGCAGACAAGGCCAAGUAUGUCAAAAGCCAGCAGGUCAUUAACACCAAACAAGAACCUGUGUUGGUGCCGUGUGCCACACCACCCCCACCCCGAAGGGUUUUCACCACCCCUGGUAGCUUCAGCCCCCAGCUCCCCCCGCGACGUUUAUCCGGCACCCCAUUCUCUACUCUUUCUGGGUCCUUCAGGGACGAAAAUGAAAACGACGACUCCAGGAAGGAGAAUCAACAGACUUCCAUUGACAUUGAGGCCCAUAACAACGUGAUUAACGGGAAACCACCCAGCCCCAGAACACCUGCAUUUACCACCACUCUAGUGGCUCCACACAGUGCACCUGUCCUCCGCAGGAGCACCGGAAAGCGCAUGCUGAGACCAGAUUCGCUUGUCAUCUACCGGCAGAAGAAAGAGUGCAAGAGUCCCAAUGUAGAGAACGGUAAUAUUGAACUAAAAGGAUAUAGCUUCGUUCGCCGCCUCUUCCAGGGUUCCAUGAGAGAGAAGGGUAGCGGGGGACUCCAGAAGAUGGUCAUCGGCGAAGACAAAGCACCCUCGCGGGACGGAGACUCCCGUAUGUCAUGGACUAACGAUAAGGACACAACCGACGGAGGGCUGGGAAGCAGGAGGUCAAGUAAAACAGAGAAGGAACAUAGCCCUGGUUCCAUCCCAGGUUCUACGCUAGAUCAUAACAAUGACGGGUCUAAAUGCACCCCUGAUGACGACAUGGGAGACAACAAUCCAUGGAAACGGGCAUCACCACCAAUUUCUUUACGGAGCAAGUUCAGAGGGUUGCACCGUUCGAAAUCAGAUCUGCAUCUCCGCUGCUCAGUAGCCUUGUCUGAGCAAGAGCAGUUCUUUGACUUUUGCGGCCUGGAUGCCGAACUUAUCGACCGGCUUGGCCGAGAGAACUUCCUGUCAGGGGCCAGCUCUAUAGACACUCUUUCCCUGGCUUUGCGCAGCGUGGCUGGGGACGGCGGAACAGAGCCAAGCGAAUUCUCCCGCCACUCCGGAGACGGGUUGUUUCAGGAGGAACUGGCCGAUCAGCCCCCUACCGGCGUUUCCAUCAUAGAGAGGAACGCUCGGGUCAUCAAAUGGCUCUACGGAUGCAAGAACGCUGUUCAUGAGGGACCCAAAGAAUCUACAGUUUAA